AUGGAAAUUGAUGAUAGUAGUUCAAUUGCACCAAGUGACUCUGUAUCAAAUCAAGAAACAUCUACUAGUAAUAAAGUUUAUAUUAAUAAAAAAAAGCUUACAUCAGCAAUUUGGAAUGAUUUUGUUUUAAUAGCUACUAAAAAUUUAAUUAAAUUUUUAAAGUUACAGACUAUAACACUUGAUAAUGCUUUAGCAAAUGAUGCUGCUAUUUGUGAACUUGCUACACAAUUUAGUUCUCUUUCAAUUAAUAUUAAUACUGAACUAUUGCACAAUCACUACUUGGCUCAUAUUAUAAAUAUAAUUGUUCAAGAUAGUACAAAAAAAAUUUCAGAU